CGCAUAUGCAUGGCGCGCAAGUACUCAUGCCGGUGACGCGUUCGGCUGGCAUGGUCGCGCGAAGCGAUGUUAACAUCGGCGUACGCAGAGGGUUUGAGUGAGUCAGCCAUGGACGUUUGAACGUUGAACGUUGAACCUUCUCCGGUCCCCACAAUCUGACCGAUGGCACCAAUACAAACACCAUGACUGAGCAUGGCAUGACUGGCCAACACCUGAGAGAUAAAAGGGAGUUGCACCCACCUAUGGAAAACUUUUGGGCCCCACCGCCGACGCCGAAGACCAGGCUCGGCCGCCACCGCCAGCUGGCGCCCCUCGCGGGCGUACACGUAUCGCCCAUCUGCCUUGGAGCAAUGAGCAUCGGUGACAAAUGGACGCAGAUGGGCGCCAUGGACAAGGCGCAAAGCUUCCGCAUCCUCGACGCGUUCUACGAUGCGGGCGGCAAUUUCAUCGACACCGCGAACAUGUACCAGGACGGCACCUCUGAGGAAUUCCUCGGCGAGUGGAUGCAGGAGCCGACCAAGUAUACGAACAACUACAAGCGCAGGGAGAACUACCGGCAGAAGACGACAUUCACAGGAAACAAUAUGAAGUCGCUGUACCUUUCCGUCGAGGAUUCCCUGAAGAAGCUGCGGACGGAUUACAUAGACAUCCUCUACGUCCACUGGUGGGACUGGACGUGCGGAAUUGAAGAAGUCAUGAACGGCCUGCAUUACCUCGUACAGCAGAGGAAAGUGCUGUAUCUUGGAGUCUCGGAUGCGCCAGCAUGGGUCGUGUCAGCGGCGAAUAUGUACGCACGGCUCACCGGUAAGGCUCCAUUCGUCAUCUACCAGGGCUCAUGGAGCGUACUCGACCGUGACAUCGAGCGCGAGAUCAUACCGAUGUGUCGAUCCCAGGGCAUGGCGAUUGCGCCCUGGAACGUCUUGGGGGCUGGCAGGAUUCGCACCGACGAGGAGGAAGAGCGCCGUCGCCAGAGUGGUGAACACGGCCGGACCAUACUGAACGGGCAGUGGGAACGUACGCCAGAGCAGAGAAAAGUAUGCCAGGCCCUCGAGAAGGUCGCGGAAGAGGUUGGCGUGAAGAGUAUCACGGCCGUUGCGAUUGCAUACGUGAUGCAGAAGACGCCAUUUGUGUUUCCCGUCAUUGGGGGCCGGAAGGUCGAGCACUUGAUGGAUAACCUGAAGGCCCUAGAGAUCUCUCUCAGCCCCGAGCAAAUCGCGUUCAUAGACAGCGCGCAGUCGUUUGAACCUGGAUUCCCAUACAACAUCAUCGGCGACGGAACGGAAUACUCUGACCCAUUCAAAUGUGGCGGGCACUUUGACAAGUGGCCGUCGCAACAGGCUCUGCGCCCUCAUUGA